GGUUACAUUUUGUUUGAUGCCUCGUAAAGUUUACAAUUUGAUCUGAACUUUGAGCUUCAUAUCUCCGCGGACAUAUCAUUGUGAAUUGUAAAAUUGGGAUUGAUUGGUAUGACUUCUAGGCGCAAUGUUCAGUACAGCCGCCUCCCUGUGGAGGAUCAGAGGGAUUAUGACGAUGAUAGGGAAAGGGAAGAAGAUCCUCGGUUUGCGUACACUCCCAAGAGCUUGGAUAAGAUCCCAUGGAAGUCCAUUGCCCUAGCACUUUUCCUCCUAUUUCUCGGAGUGAUGCUUCUAUUUCUAUCUUUCUUCAUCUUCACAGGCCACAUGGGAGGUGACAGAUCACAGGCUUAUGGCCUCCUAAUGCUUGGCAUCCUCACCUUCCUUCCAGGCUUUUAUGAGAGCAGGGUCGCUUAUUAUUCAUGGAGGGGUGCCAAAGGUUUCCGAUUUUCAUCAAUCCCAAAUUAUUAAGAUUCCAAUACUGGCCUUGGAGAGACGAGUUGAUAGCCAGGUUGUUGAUUGUUGAUCCCACUGGAUGGGGUAGUUAUGCCUAGUGGACCUUGAUCCUCUACUGCACAAGCAUAGGGAUAUCGCUGCUGAACCAAUAAGCAGCUGCCAUGUCAAUAGAUUUGAGCAGAGCCAUGAUAGCAACCACACUCUGUCUCCCCUUAAAAAAAUGAUGAUCUCUUUUUAAGAUGGCAAAAAGAGUAAUUUUCCUUCUGUCCUGCUCCUAAUCAUGUCCAAUCGGAUUGCAAUCAAUUUGCUCCGAGUGUUCUCGUUUCCAUUCUCUCUGUUUCUCAAUGUUUUCCCUCCUAUCAAAUCUCAUUAGGGAAAUAUCAAUAAACCCAACAGCUAAACUGAAG